AUGGCGCUAAAGGCGGCCUCAGUCUUUAAUCAAGUUGUGCGGAAACGCAAAAGAAAGAUCCAGGAUGAACAUGCUGAACAUGCUGCCGGAUCGCCGGCACCAGCGCCUGAAGGCGUCGGUCCAAAUGCACUGAGCCAUACUGCAAACGAAAGCAUGACCACUACAACUGUCGCCACGAAAACUCACGACGGAGGGAAGAAGCCACGAAGAACGACGAAAGCGAAGAAGCCCGCCCUGAUACGACAUGCCUCGUCGACGUUAGUUGAAACAUCGGUUCCAUGGCCAGAACAUUUCACAAAACUACAGCAGGUGCAUCGCGCACUCAACCUCGUCUAUACCUUCUGCUGUACACGCAAGCAGCUCGCAACAACCCUCGACAACCUGAAAACGACCGUCGAAGGACACAUCAAGCGCGAGUUGCUCAUUGGAGACGUGGCGCAAAUCACAACUUUGAUCCCAAGAGCGAUCAAUUUUGCAUACAUCGAUGAAGCCAUGCUACAGAUAAACCUCAUGGGUCAGGAGGAUAACAUGAAGGGCAGAAGAGCACAAGACUUCCUCAUCAUGCAGCCUGAGCCUGAUAAGGGCGAACACAGGGAGGUGCUGCUGUUCGAAUUCGUCGAUGGCGAUCUGAAGCGCCAAGUUCAGCAUGCAAAGACUGGCGAACCCACAAAGGCAACACAAAAGCUGCGCCACGAGGAAUUGAAGAUGCCUGUCUUUAGCCAGAAACAGAUGAUGAAUCUCAUUGAGAAACGGAACGUGAAAUUCACCUCGGCCGUCAACGCCUUCCUGAAUAGCUGUGCUGAAGAGGGUCGCGAUUCUGUGGAGAAAAUCAAGGAGAUGUCUUUGGUCUUCAUACCCCACCCUUCAGAAAUCAGAGACUCCAUACCAGGACCCCAAGUCUCGCAAAUACCGACAUCGAUACCCACAGAGCGGAAGAGCAUCCCGGAGAUCGUGGACGAGAUGAAAUCACUGGAUUGGUACUCUGGGCAGAUCGUUCCUGAUGGUCAUCGAGUAUUCGAUCCACAGCCUCCCAUCUACGGCGAUCUGAACUUUGCUAUGUCCCAGAAUCUUGUAAACGCGUUAUACAACAGAAGCAACAUCACCCAGUUGUACGCACACCAAGCCGAGGCCAUCAAUAAUCUCUACGAAGGAAACCACGUGAUUGUAUCGACAUCAACCAGCUCAGGCAAAUCGUUAAUUUACCAGAUCCCAGUUCUACAUCUGCUAGAACAGGAACCGGAGACACGAGCAAUGUACAUCUUCCCUACAAAGGCAUUGGCACAGGAUCAGAGGAAGAGCAUGAAAGAACUCCUACGAUUCAUGGACGGCUUGCAAGACAUUAUUGUUGAAACCUUUGAUGGAGAUACGGCCAUGUCAGACCGUGACUACAUUCGAGAAGAAGGCCGAGUCAUCUUUACGAAUCCGGAUAUGUUACAUUUGACGAUUCUGCCACAGGAAGAGGCAUGGCGAACGUUCUUACAGAACCUCCGUUUUGUGGUGGUCGAUGAAUUGCAUGUCUACAACGGCCUUUUUGGCGCUCAUGUUGCGAUGAUCAUGCGACGAUUGCGCAGAAUAUGCGCAGCCUUGGGCAACCGACAUGUAAAGUUUAUCUCGUGUUCAGCAACAGUCGCAAAUCCCGAAGCCCACAUGAAGACUAUCUUUGGUGUGGAGGAAGUCAAGUUGACAGACUUUGAUGGCUCGCCGUCUGGCCGAAAGGAGUUCCUGUGCUGGAACACGCCUUUUAAAGAUCCCGGAGAUCCCACGUCAGGUCGCGGCGACUGUAACGCGGAGACUGCAAGGCUGUUCUGCCAGUUGAUCCUAAGAGGCGUGAGGGUCAUUGCUUUUUGUCGCAUCCGAAAGCAGUGUGAAGCUUUGCAGGCUGCGAUCAAAACAGAACUGACCAACCUCGACCGAGCAGAGGUGAUUGCACGAGUAAUGUCUUAUCGAGGCGGAUAUACACCGCAAGACAGACGACAGAUCGAGCGUGAGAUGUUCGACGGCAAGCUGAUGGGUAUCGUGGCUACCACUGCUUUAGAGUUAGGUGUUGACAUUGGGUCGCUGGAUGCCGUUCUUACGGUCGGCUUUCCUUACACCAUUGCUAACCUUCGGCAACAAAGUGGACGUGCAGGAAGACGAAAUAAAGACUCCCUGUCAGUACUGGUGGGCGAUUGCUUCCCGACAGACCAGUACUAUAUGCAAAACCCAGACGAGAUUUUCACGAAACCCAAUUGCGAACUUCAAGUCGAUUUGGAGAACAUGCUGGUACUCGAAGGCCAUAUUCAAUGCGCAGCACAUGAGAUGCCCAUCACUACCGAUGCUGACACUGCGUAUUUUGGCCCCUUGUUAUCCAAGGUUGCGAGGGAGCGUAUGCGCAGAGAUGCCAAUGGUUUCUUUCACUGCAACGAACGCUUUUUGCCCCAACCCUCUCGAUCGGUGGCCAUCCGGGACACCGAAGAUACUCACUUCGCCAUUAUCGAUGUCACCCAUGGUAAAAAUACAGUCUUGGAGGAGCUGGAGGCUUCACGCGCCUUUUUCACCAUCUACGAUGGCGGCAUCUUUUUGCACCAAGGUAAUACAUACCUGGUCAAAGAAUUCAACCAGGAGCGUAUGAUUGCCAAAGUGGAGUAUGUCAAGGUGGACUGGACAACACAACAGCGCGACUACACAGACAUCGAUCCUGUGGAGACGGAAGCUAUACGGCGUAUCCCCGGUUCGCGAUCCAAAGCUUUCUAUGGGCCUAUCAAGAUCCAACAGGUUGUCUAUGGCUUCUUUAAGAUCGACAAAAAGCGCCGCAUCCUGGACGCGGUACAGGUCGACAACCCACCGAUAAUUCUCUUCUCAAAAGGCAUGUGGCUCGAUGUUCCGAAGUCAGCCAUGGACAUCCUUAAGUCACGUCGGCUCAACAUCGCCGCCGGCAUCCACGCCGCCGAACACUCUGUACUAUCUCUGAUGCCCAAUUACGUCAUCAGUAUGCCAGGCGACGUGCGCACAGAGUGCAAGUUUGCAAUGAAAGAAUUCGCAAAGAAAGAGACGCAGCGUAAACGCCCUGCACGACUGACAUUCUACGAUGCAAAAGGCGGUGCAAGUGGUAGCGGAAUAUCCACCAAGGCUUUCGAACACGUCGAUUCGCUACUCGCGCAGGCUUGCAAACGUCUACAAACUUGUCACUGUCUAGAGGGUUGCCUUGAGUGCUGCAACGACGAUCGAUGCAAACAUGCUAAUCAGGUCAUGAGCAAAGCUGGGGCUAUGGUCAUCGUCAUGUGCUUGCUAGGCCGAGAGAAGGAUAUCGAUAUCGAUGCCCUGCCUUGGGGUGAAGAGGACACUGUGCAGGCAGGCAUCGAGACUGUAGUCGAGGCGGAGACGGUGCGAAUGGCGAGAGGAAAGAUGGUCGAUGGUGUGCUGAUCAAGGAAGAAGAUGAGGAUGAGGAUCAUUUUGCUCGGAGUGUUCAUAUGUUUGGCGGUGAGAGGACGUUCAUCGGUGUGCACAAGCAGCAGCCGACAUUGAGGACGGCGGGCAAGUCGUAUGGCUCGUGGGUUUGA